GUCUGCAAGGCGUACAAGAUUCCAGUGCAAAACGCCGUGUCCUGCAACUACACCACUGCGGAGAAUCACAGCAUUAAAAAUUCUAUAAUAAAAUGUCUGGGCCUGGGUUUGUAUCGCUUGAAUCUUCGCUGGAGAAGCAUCUUCCUGACGAAGAGCUCAAGGAAGUCAGACGAAUUUUGUACGGAAAAGACAUCAAGCAGUUAAGCCUUCCCCAGAGCGCCGUCGAUGCAGCGUUCGAGCGAGACUUUGACCUGCAGGGUUAUGUGUUUGAGGCAUCCCCGGAACAGCUCAGACCACCCAGGGUAGCCCGGGUUGGGCUCAUUCAGAACAAGAUAGUCCUUCCUACAGACGCCCCGGUCCUGGAGCAGAUUACCGCCCUGCAUAAACGAGUGGGAGAGAUGGUGGAGGUGGCAGCUAUGUGUGGAGUAAACAUUGUGUGCUUCCAAGAAGCCUGGACAAUGCCGUUUGCUUUCUGUACAAGAGAAAGGGAUCCUUGGACGGAGUUUGCGGAAUCUGCUGAGGAUGGCUUCACUACACGUUUCUGUCAGGAGCUGGCAAAGAAAUACAACAUGGUGGUCAUCUCACCCAUUUUGGAGCGCGAUGAGAUUCACGGUGGAACGCUGUGGAACACAGCAGUGGUGGUGUCAAACGCUGGAAAUGUUCUGGGAAAGAGCCGGAAGAACCACAUUCCACGCGUGGGAGACUUCAACGAGUCCACCUACUACAUGGAGGGAAAUACAGGCCAUCGAGUGUUUCAGACUCAGUUUGGGAAGAUUGCUGUGAACAUUUGCUACGGGCGUCAUCACCCUCUCAACUGGUUCAUGUACAGCACGCACGGAGCAGAGAUUAUCUUCAAUCCCUCCGCAACAGUCGGACAACUCAGUGAGCCUAUGUGGCCCAUUGAGGCCAGAAAUGCAGCUAUUUCCAACCACUGCUUCACCUGUGCAAUCAAUCGUGUGGGCACGGAAUAUUUUAAGAAUGAGUUCACAUCUGGCGACGGAAAGAAAGCCCAUCAUGAGUUCGGGCACUUCUAUGGCUCUAGCUACGUGGCCGCACCAGACGGGUCCAGGUCACCGGGACUUUCCAGAACUCGUGACGGAUUGUUGGUGGCAGAACUGGACCUAAACCUGAACCGACAGAUAGCAGACAAAUGGAACUUUAAGAUGACAGGGAGGUACGACAUGUAUGCAGAAGAACUCACCAAGGCAGUGCAGCAUGACUUCAAACCAAACCUCAUUAAGGAGUAAAAUGACCAAUCUACAGUAUCUGGAAGUCAAAAUAUUCAAAUCACAUUCCGCAAUGUUUAACUGAUCUUCACAUGUUAAACUCUGGAUUUUGUGCAUGAAUACAUUCUCAGCCAGGAGGACAUUGCUUGUUCACAGUCUGGUCGUAUUUGGGGGAAAGAAAAAAAAUAAAAGAAUCAUUUCCGUUUCCUCUCUAUCUUACUAUUCCACUGAGCCAUUUUACAAAACUAUGAGAUUUAAAUGUUCUCUGCAUGUAAAACCAUUCGUUGAUGACAGCACCGUGGUUUAAGUACAAGUACAAUUAUUUUGUAAGGAAUAAACCACACGUGAUUAAAAUACA